GCUCGUGGGAUAUAAAAUCGCAAAAGAUUUUCUCUAAAUAUAUUUUUGUUUUGUCUUCUCUUCAUUUAUUUUCAAGUGAAUCAAUACGAAAUGGGUAAUAGCCCUCCUCCUAGAGCUGUGCCUGCAGGCCGUGACAUUAGAAUUGUGAUGAUUGGAAAAACUGGAGCUGGUAAAAGUGCUACUGGAAACACCAUUCUGGGCGAAAACACUUUUACAUCUCUUCCAAUAGGUAGCUCAGUGACUGAGAGUUGUGUUAAAGAAAGAGUUAAUGAUAAUAGAUGGAUAUAUGUGGUGGACACACCAGGACUGUUAGACACUGGGAAGACUCCAGUGUAUAUCGAAAGUGAGAUAGUGAGGUGUCUUCAAGAGUCAGCCCCUGGUCCUCAUGCUUUCUUGCUGGUUGUGGAGGCAACGACAUGGAGAGAGGAGGAUCAGAAUACUGUGGACGAUCUGGAGAGGCUCUUUGGACCAGAGAUCUUCAAGUUCAUGAUUGUGCUCUUUACUCACGGUGAUAAACUUGGGGAUCAAACAAUUGAAACCUUUGUACGUGAUGGUGAUCUGCAAGUUCGAGCAAUUCUAGAACGCUGUUCUGGCAGAUUCCAUGUUUUCGACAAUACAAUAAGUCCAGGCGAUAGAGAUCAAGUUGUUGAUCUGGUCACUAUGAUUGAUAAAAUGGUGGCAGUAGCUGGAGGAGGGUACUUCCAUAGAAAAAUUUGAAUAGAAUGUGCUUGGAACCUCCAACCCUGAAAAGGUACACUUCCAGCUUUUACUUCCUGCUAUGGGUACCAGUCCAACCAUUAUGCCAAAAUGGACUUGAAUUUAGUCAUUCUAUUUCUAUGGGUAUUUCACAAAAACAAGAUACACAACUAAUAAUAUUCAAAGUAUUCAAAGUAUGUUAUGAAUAAACAUAUAGAAUUAGAGCAUAAGUACAAAAUGUAUAACAAAAAGUGGUUUUGCAUAAUACAUGUUGAUCUAUUGUAAGAAAUCUUACUUGUAAUAGAAUUGUAAUGCAAUUUUAGAAAUUGAUAGUGAACAUUGUAAAUUCUGAUGAAAAACAAUAAAGCUUGACAAUCACUAUUA